UGUGUUUCCACUUCUUGGUGAGUGCUGUCCAGUCAACCAAAAUUCUUCAAGUUCGAGCGACCAAGGAGAUAAAGUUUGGCCGAAACACUAAAGCAUUCAGGUUCAGUCGCCUGAUGGCGACAAAUGUUGACGCCCAUUGGUUCCCAUUUCAGUUUGCAACCCAAUACGAAUCGAAAUUCGUCACGCAGACAAAAGGACUUACCUACACCCAAUCUGACAAAUUAAACUUGGGUAACUGACUUAUCUGUGCACGUUGUUUUGUCACAGAAGAGAAAUCCAUGGAGGAGUCAUGUUUCUCGAUCGCGCCGACAGGUGAGGUCAACCCAUUUACAGUACAGACCGUAUCUGUGAAUCUCUUUUAGCUAAAAUUCAUGUUGGAGAUAAGGUUGCUUAGACUAGGGGUAGCUCAUCUCCUUAAGCUACGCGGCGGAUCAGUAAAUGCUGUAGAGAAAAAUAAUAUUGAAAAACGGUCUGGGUUCCUUAAACCGUCUGUAAUUAUUAGGAUUCUAAAGUGAUAAGAUUGAAUUGAAAAUUUUCAGGCUUGUUUGUUUGACUUUGAAAAAUCUAGCUAUUUAGAAAACGGGUGUAUUGGAUUGAUCUCAGUAAAGAAUUUGAGUAGGAUAUAGGUAAGGGGGGAUUUACUGCUACAGUUGUGAAACGGUUGAGAUUUUAAUUCUUGGGUUUAUUUUCAGAAGUCGACAUGGUUAAGGGAAUGGCGGUAUGACGUUACGAGAGCUUUAGUAUAAAAGUGGUCCGGAUUUGACUGUCAUUGACUGAAUCAUCUUAUAAAUCUCUGUUCUGGGUUAAGCUUUAAACUCAGGUUAAAUUAUUUUCGUGGUAGCAAUGGCAUUUCGGGAUGCUGUCCUGGUGUUGGUUUUGGUGUAUUUUUCUGUUGCAGCUGUAGUUCAGUCCAGAGAGUUGAUCUCUGUUGUCGAGCUUGAGGCUUUGAAGGCUUUCAAGAGUUCAGUCACCCACGACCCACUUAAAGCACUUGCAGAUUGGACUGAUGCAAAUCAUCACUGCAAUUGGUCUGGUAUUGCAUGUGAUUUUUCAUCUAACCGGGUCAUUUCAAUUGCUCUUGUCGAAAAGAAACUUGAAGGGAAGAUUUCUCCAUUCAUAGGAAACAUUUCAACUCUCCAGGUUUUUGACUUGACUUCUAAUUCAUUUACAGGUUCUAUUCCUGUUCAGUUGGGGUUCUGCUCAGGGCUCAUCCAACUAAUCGUUUUUGACAAUUCACUUUCUGGUUCUAUUCCAGCAGAGUUAGGGAGUCUGAAAAAUCUGCAGAUAUUAGAUGUUGGGGCAAAUCUUUUGGAUGGAAGCAUCCCUGAGAGCAUUUGCAACUGCACGACCUUAACUAUGUUUGGUUUCAACUCAAACAACCUCACUGGUACUAUCCCAUCUAACAUUGGCAAUUUAGUUAAUCUUCAGCAAGUAGUAGGUUUUACAAAGAAAUUAGUAGGUUCUAUACCAUUUUCUGUUGAUAGGUUAGGAUCUUUGGAAAAUCUAGAUCUGAGUCAGAACCAGUUGUCUGGAAUAAUACCUCCUGGAUUGGGAAACUUGUCCAACUUACAGUAUCUUCAAUUAUUUGAAAAUUUUCUUGUUGGGAAGAUCCCACCUGAACUCGGUCGUUGUAGGAAACUUGUAUAUCUGAACCUGUACAGGAAUAAAUUAACAGGAGGCAUUCCUUCUGAGCUUGGGCAACUGGAAAACUUAGAAACAUUAAGGUUAUACGAGAAUAAUUUAUCUUCCACAAUCCCUGCCUCCUUAUCACAAUGCAAAUCACUAACUCAUCUGGGUCUUUCACGAAAUCAAUUAACUGGAAGGAUACCUAUUGAACUCGGAUCCUUGAGAUCAUUAAUAGUUCUAAACAUGCACUUGAAUCGAUUGACAGGGGAUAUUCCUUCAUCAUUAAUGAACUUGACCAAUUUGACAACUUUGCAAAUCAGCUCAAAUUUCAUGGUGGGGAGGAUUCCUUCAAACCUUGGAUCACUGUAUAACUUGCAAAAGCUGCUUCUGUUUGAAAACUUCCUUGGAGGUCCAAUUCCAUCUGAGAUUGGUAAUCUAAGUCAAUUGGUGAACUUAGAACUAGGCGUGAAUAACUUUUCAGGUCAGAUUCCUCCUGAAAUAUCAAAAUUACCACAACUUCAAUUACUUUCCUUACCUGAGAAUAAUCUAGAAGGUGAGAUUCCAAAGCCAUUAUUUGAAUUGAAACAACUCACUUUUCUCCGGUUAGCGCUCAACAGAUUCACAGGUCCCAUUCCAGAUGCUUUCUCAAAAUUCAGGUUCCUUUCAUACUUGAAUCUCCAAGGGAACAAGCUAAAUGGGUCAAUUCCGAAAACCAUGGAGCAUCUUAAGCAAUUAACAGUCCUCGAUCUUUCCCACAAUCAUCUCAGUGGCUCUAUUCCCGGAUCAGUGAUAGCAAGCAUGAAAAGCAUAUCAAUAUAUCUUAACUUGUCACACAACUUUUUGGAGGGUACUAUUCCAGAUGAGCUUGGAGGGUUUGAAAUGGUUCAGGCUAUCGACAUUUCCAACAAUAAUCUCUCCGGAAGAAUACCUGUGACACUUAGAGGCUGCCAAAAUUUAUUCUCUCUUGAUCUGUCAAGAAACCAAAUCUCAGGUCAAGUUCCAGGUGAUACUUUCUCUCAGUUGGAUUUGCUAACAAGUUUGAACCUUUCAGGCAAUAUGUUAGAGGGUUUGCUCCCAGAAAACAUUGCAUAUCUUAGGCAUCUUAACUAUCUUGAUCUUUCUCUCAACAACUUCAAUGGCACAAUCCCUGAAAGCUUUGCGAACCUUUCCACCUUGAAACAUCUCAACCUUUCCUUCAAUUGGCUUGAAGGCCCUGUUCCCAAUGGAGGCAUAUUUAGAAACCUAGAUGCAUCUAGCUUGCAAGGAAAUACUGCUCUCUGUGGAACCAAAUUUCUCAAGCCAUGCAGCAAUAGGAGUCGCUUGACUGCCUCCCAUCACUUCUCCAAGAAGUUUGCUUUAAUUUUGAUAGUUCUUGGAUCUGUUUCUGUUCUUGUACUUCUGAUAUUUGCAAUUUUAUCUCUUUGCCGAUGCAUCAAAAGGGAAAAGUCAGAGGGUGAUGGAUGUCCAGAACCAGAAUAUGCUUUAAUAGCCCCUAUCCUGAAGAGAUUCAAUCAAAAGGAAUUGGAAGUUGCAACAGAUUUCUUUUGUAAAGAUAAUGUGAUUGGUACCAGCAGAAUGAGCAGUGUUUUCAAGGGUAAACUUGAAGAUGGGAAAGCAGUAGCUGUGAAGAAACUGGACCUGUAUCAAUUCUCUGCAGAGGUUGACAAGUGCUUUGGUAGAGAAAUCAAGACCCUCAGCCAUCUAAGGCAUAGGAAUCUAGUUAAGAUAGUUGGUUAUGCUUGGGAGAGUGGGAAGAUAAAGGCUUUGGUCCUUGAGUACAUGGAAAAUGGGAGCUUGGAAAGCAUUAUACAUGAUCCUCAUGCAGAUCGAGCAAGGUGGACAAUUUCUGAGAGGCUGAAUUUAUGUGUUUCUGUUGCAAAUGGGUUGGUUUACUUGCACUCUGGUUAUGACUUCCCCAUCAUUCACUGUGAUUUGAAGCCCUCUAACAUUCUUCUCGGAGAUUGGGAGGCUCAUGUGAGUGAUUUUGGAACAGCUAGGAUGCUGGGUGUUCACCUCGAGGAUGAAAGCAGCCUUUCCUCAUCAUCAGCCUUUGAAGGCACUAUUGGCUACUUGGCACCAGAGUUUGCAUACACGAGGAAAAUUACAACUAAGGUGGACAUUUUCAGCUUUGGAGUAGUGGUGAUGGAGUUCCUAACCAGAAGAAGUCCUACUGGGACAAUAGAAGAGAAUGGACUUCCAAUUACUCUUCGUCAACUGGUGGAGAAGGCUCUAAAAAAUGGAGCAGAAAGGCUUUUUCAAGUGAUUGACCCAGAUCUAGCUCUCACUAUAUCCACCCAACAGGAGCAAGAGAAAGUAUUCGAACUUCUUGAAUUGGCUUUGUCUUGCACCUGCCCAGCCCCAGAGGAUCGGCCAGACAUGAAUGACGUGUUGUCUGCCCUUUUGAAGAUAAGGCAGGUAAAAUUGGACCCAAGCCAUGGUCCUUUCUUGCUGAAGACUACAGGGUGAGAAGGUUUAAGAGCCUCUAGACCAAGAUCUUGUGAAAUCAUUCUAUUGAUGCUAUCAAAGCUAUGAGCUCAGCAGUGAGACCUUUACAAUCUACCAGCAUUGGUUGGGAUUCAACCAUCAUUAAGAUCAGAGCACAUCAACAAUUGUACAGGAUUAAUGAUCUUCAUGCUAGUUUAAUACAUUUUGUUGUAAUGGAUUUGAAACUUGUAAUCAACCAAGUUUCUUGAAAACUGCCUUUCAUAAUA